AAAAAAUAAGUCUCAUUGCCCGAUCCUCCAAAGCUCACAAAGCUCAAAAUAUUUCAUUAGUUUAAGGCUCCUGAUUUAAAUUAUUCUUUGUUCCCCUUCUUCAUCCUCUUUUGAUUAAUUUGCAAACAAAGUGCAGGAAAAUUUGCUAAUGGAAGGGCUAAUUUCAGCUUUAAAACCUCCAACUUAUGGAAAACUAGUCACCAUUCUCAGCAUUGAUGGAGGUGGAAUCCGAGGGAUUAUCCCUGGAAUUAUCCUUAGUUUCUUAGAAUCUGAACUUCAGAAACUUGAUGGUGAAGAUGCAAGACUCGCGGACUAUUUCGACAAGCCAGUUUCUCGGGUUAAUUUUGAAACGGGUUUGUUUGAGCCAUUUGACAAAGGAUCCAACGAAGAGGCACUGAAGAGGUUCGCAAAAAUGCUGUCAGAAGAGAAGCAGCUUCGCGAUCUUGGGUCACCCCAUGGACGGGCUACAACUCCAAAUGGUGUUCAAAAUUAAUUAGUGAUUCAUUUAACAUUAAAGAAUUAGGACUAUUUUUUUUUUUUUUUGUUAGUUUGGAACCAAAAUGUGGGUUAAGUAACCCUCUGAUAUACGUGGUUAUUUAAUUAAUUAUGUUUUGCUGUGUGUUUGAAUAACUCCUGGAUUGUGGGGUACAAUUUGUUCUGUACAAGGUACAAACAAUAUUGUUUGAUCCCUUUGGGUUUGAUGAAUAAAAGUGAGUUCCUUUA